AGAAGGGGAACACAGUUUCCAGGCUAAACAACAAAAUACGCUUAAGCCAUGGAGUCCAACCAGGAAUCCUCGCUCUUCCUGGUGAAGAUUUUGGAGGAGCUGGACACGAAGCAGAAUACUGUUUCUUACCAGGACCUCUGCAAGUCCCUGUGUGCGAGGUUUGAUUUAUCCCAGUUGGCCAAGCUCAGAAGCGUGCUGUUUUACACCGCUUGCCUGGAUCCUAAUUUCCCAGCGACUUUGUUCAAAGACAAAAUGAGAUGCACUGUAAACAAUCAGCAAUCAAAGAAAAUCAUGGUUGCAGCAGAUAUAGUAACAAUAUUCAACCUCAUACAAAUGAAUGGGGGAGUGGCCAAGGAGAAACUUCCAGUUGCAAAGCAGAAAGUGAAGAAGAAAGAGUCCUUCGAGUCCUGUAGAUCUGACACGGAAAUCUGCAAUAUGGCAGACUGCGUGCCCAACUGUGAGCUGAACGACCAGGAGUUUAACCGGGGCUUUCCAGUCAGAAGGUCUUCAAAAUGCAGAAAGAUGGACUGCAAGGACUGUCAACAGUUUGUUCCCUCGUCAGAACCCAACUUUUUACUCGGCGUUAAUAAGGAGAUGAAGGGCCGGGCUGCCUCUCUGGACAGGCUGCAGGCGCUGGCGUCCUACUCCAUUGCCACGUCUCCACCAUGCGAGAUGCAGAGUACGUACUUCCCCAUGAACAUUGAAAAUGAAUCUAUUUCAGACCAGGACUCCUUGCCUAUAAGUGCAGGCAUAAAAGAAACCUUCAUUUCAAACGACGAGCCAUUUGUGAUGCAGUCGUGUGUCCAGAAAAGGAAUAUAUUCAAAGAAGAUUUUCAUAAUCUGAUUACAAUAUCUCCCAACUUAAUACCGUCCAACAAAAAGCCAGAAGAUGGACACAGGGAGCCUCAGAACAGGAAAGAAAGCUCUAAGCAGGCUUUCUUCAACCACAGCUUUGAAAUGCCAUACAGCAGCCAGUACUUGAAUCCAGUUUAUUCUCCUAUACCAGACAAAAGGCGAGUGAAGCAUGAAAGUUUAGAUGAUCUUCAAGCUUCAACGUAUUUUGGCCCAACUACUAUUCUCGGGCCUCAGGACACCAAAAAGUGGACUGGAAAGCCAACCAAGCAAACUGCCUGGCCAGCUAAAAGCUGGAGUUUAAAUACCGAGGAGGUACCUGACUUUGAACGAUCAUUUUUUAAUAGGAAGCAGUCUGAAGAGAAGCUGCGAUACCAGAGUUCGAACAACCCAUCUCCAAACUUUCCUUCAGCUGACAGGCAUCAGUCCUACCUAAACGCGAAGGAUCAGCAACCAAUUAUGCAGGCAAACUACGCUGUGAAACCAAAUGGGCAUAAACCCAAGGAAAUUCCUUCCAUUCUAGAUGUGGAGAAACACGAGCCAGUCAAAAAGUUUAAGGAUAAAAGCAUUAAUUGUACUUCUGUUCAGAUCUUAAGCAUUGACAGGACCACGAGUGUUGGGACACAAACAGAGCAGCAAGUUCUGGACCACAAGAAAUGCAAGGAUUUGUGUGCGGCGGGCCAAGCCAAGUAUGGAGAGCGGCACUCUCUUAAGCAGUCGGAUGAUGACUCUGAAAUCGUGAGCGAUGACAUCAGUGACAUUUUCCGCUUUUUGGACGACAUGAGUAUCAGCGGGUCGACAGGAGUGAUGCAGUCUUCGUGCUACAACAGCACCGGUUCCUUGUCUCAGGUGCAUAAAUCAGACUGUGAGAGCUCACCUGAGCACAACUUGACUAAAAUCUCCAACGGGAGUGCCUGUAACAAACUGGAUAAAGUGGUCCGGGCAGACAUCAGCAACGCAGAUGAUGAACUGAAAACGAGUGUCUGCAAAUUAGUUUUGAGGAUUGGCGAAAUAGAGAAGAAACUGGAAUCUCUCUCAGGUGUCCGAGAAGAAAUCUCCCAAGUCCUGGGAAAAUUGAGCAAGUUAGAUCAAAAAAUUCAGCAGCCAGAGAAGGUCAGCGUACAAAUAGAUCUCAAUUCCUUGACAAGUGAGGCCGCAUCAGAUGAGAGUAACUCCCCACAGAUAUUUCAGUGCCACAAUACUCCUCAUGGAGGCAAACUAGAGAAUAAUCCAGAAUGGUGCUGUUCAGACGCCAGUGGAAGUAACAGUGAGAGUCUUCGAGUAAAAGCCUUAAAAAAGAGUUUGUUUACUAGGAGGUCAUCAAGAUCAUUAACAGAGGAAAAUAGUGCAACUGAAUCCAAAAUAGCAAGUAUUUCAAACUCUCCCCGAGACUGGAGAGCUAUUACUUACACCAACCAAGUUGGCAUUACGGAAGAGGAGAUGAAAGAGAGAGAUGGAGGAGAAAAUAAGGACUGGCACAGGAAAUCUAAAGAGGCAGACAGGCAAUACGAAAUCCCACAGCCACAUAGACUCUCUAAACAACCAAAAGAUGCUUUCUUGAUUGAACAAGUCUUUAGUCCUCAUCCCUACCCUGCAUCACUCAAGUCACACAUGAAAAGCAACCCGCUCUACACAGACAUGAGGUUGACAGAGCUGGCUGAAGUGAAACGCGCCCAGCCGUCAUGGACCAUAGAGGAAUACACGAGGAAUUCGGGGGAUAAAGGCAAGAUUGCAGCAUUGGAUCUACAAACUCAAGAAUCUUUAAACCCAAACAACUUAGAAUACUGGAUGGAAGAUAUUUAUACUCCUGGCUAUGAUUCCUUAUUAAAACGCAAAGAAGCCGAGUUCAGAAGAGCAAAGGUUUGCAAGAUAGCUGCCCUGAUAGCAGCGGCAGCUUGUACGGUUAUUCUGGUCAUUGUAGUUCCCAUUUGUACAAUGAAGUCCUGAACCUGCGGACAGACCCGUGACUCCCAGCCGCGUGUAUCUCAGAUAGCUCACGCUGUUUCAAACGUCUGAUGGCAAAACUGUAAGGAAUUUGCUAAGGAAGAAUGUUCUGAGGAUAUCCUGAUGGAGAAUGCUGUAAACGUAGGCAAAACACAAGACAACUAGAGAAACAUUUUUUUUUUUUGAAAAGUAUUAUUUUAAAUAACAGACUGUGUGGCGGAGUUAAUGGGAACUCGGUUCAAUUUUUAUGCAUUUUUAAAAGUGCAAUAUUUUUUUUUUCCUAAAGAAACAAUAUAAUGUUUUACAGAAUCAGAGACUGAUGAGAAUCCAGGCGAAAGAGGAGGGUUGUUGGAGCUAUGUUGCAUUUAACGGAGGUAUGGGUACAUGGAGGGUGCACUGUAUAGAAGGGGAUGUUCUAUAUGCAUUACAUCAGGCAGCUAGGAAAGUCUUAAAGCUCUCUACAGUGUCGAAAACUCUGAAUGUAUUGUAUUUAUUUUAUAGUAUUUAUGUAUUUCAUGAUCAUUUGAUUGAAAGCAGACUGUGUAGCCGUGAACAGAGUUCAUUCCUAUGUUCAGAUUAAAAAGGGCUCUUUGUAUUUGGUCUUGCCCUAAGACCCACUCUAUCAUCACUGAGUACUAAGAUAAGUGCAAUGUGCUGCAGACCAAAAAGAUUAUGUUUUAAAGCAA